UUUAAACUUGAAUUGCAGGCUGAUGUGUUGGUCAGUUCAGUCGGAGCUUCCAGUCAAGCGAUGGUCAAUGUUGAUGUUCUUGCAAUGGCAAAUCCAAACGUUGGGGACAUUAUUGUCAAUUCUGGUUUACCUUUGACCAACCACGUGAUCCACACAAACUGUUGUCAGUGGCAAGGUGGCCAAGGGGAAGUGACUCUACGGGCCAUCGUCCAAAAGUGUCUGCUGAAGGGUGAACAGCUUGGAGUAAGGUCCAUUGCAUUUCCUGUCAUAGGCACUGGGAAACUCAACUUCCCACGAGACGCAGCCUCAAGAAUCAUGUUAGAAGAAACGAUCAGCUUUUGCCAAGCUAACCCUGGCUCUAAAUUGCAGGAUAUCCGAUUUGUCGUGUUCCAGCAAGAUCAGGCAUUAACAGCUGCCUUCAAACAAGAGAUCGACAAAUUGAUAGCCAAGCACAAAUUAUCUCCUGUGCACCCAAAGAGUGGGUUAAUCAGUAAAAUACAAUCUCGUUUUAAGAGGUUAAGAAUUUCAACAGGUGGUGUGUGCCGGGAGACAACAAAUUCUUACCCGUGGGCAAAUGAUACAGAUGACAUUGUACACAUUUGUGUUCUUGGCAAGAAAACAGGUGUUGAAGAAGCCAUUGAAUCUCUGAAGAAAGGUUUUUCUGAAGCUUGUGCUGAUGUGUUGGUCAGUUCAGUCGGAGCUUCCAGUCAAGCGAUGGUCAAUGUUGAUGUUCUUGCAAUGGCAAAUCCAAACGUUGGGGACAUUAUUGUCAAUUCUGGUUUACCUUUGACCAACCACGUGAUCCACACAAACUGUUGUCAGUGGCAAGGUGGCCAAGGGGAAGUGCGAGUUAUGGAAACACGAGUAGACGGGUGGGAGAAUGAGGGACACGACCUGCAGGCGAGUGUUUCCAAAGCUUUCUUGGAUUCUUCCAAUCUUUCAGGGUAG